CCCACCAUGAGCUUAGCAAGUCGGUUGCUACGGGUGGCGGCACGAACAAAUAGAGGCUCUACUGGACUCACCUCACCACGUCGACUUCUGGUCCCCAUCCAUACUCAGAGAAAUGCUGGCUAUGCCACGGAGACGCCAGCUGAUGCUGUGAAAAAGGAAGAAUUCAAAGUAGCUUCGGAAAUACCUCCACCAAGUGGUAUUGCUGAUCAAAUAAAUGACGGGAAGACAGAUUGGUCCAAGAGCUACCAUGGACUUUCUGAGCAAGCAUUUGCUAAGGAAGUUGCAGAAGUGCUUAUGGCUCCUGUGGAGCCUUUAGACGUUGAAAUUAAGCCUGACGGUUUAAUCUACCUGCCUGAAAUAAAAUAUCGCCGCAUCCUAAACAAGGCUUUCGGUCCAGGAGGUUGGGGUCUCGCUCCCCGUACGGAGACAAAUGUUGGACCGAAGGUCGUCAGCAGAGAGUACGCACUUGUGUGUCAGGGACGCUUGGUGGCUAUAGCUCGAGGAGAGCAAGAAUACUUUGACCCUUCCGGAAUACCAACCGCUACAGAAUCGUGCAAAAGUAAUGCUCUUAUGAGGUGUUGCAAGGAUCUUGGUGUUGCGAGCGAGUUAUGGGAUCCUCGUUUCAUUCGUGAAUUUAAAGCAAAGUAUUGUGUAGAAGUCUUUGCGGAGCAUGUACCCACCAAGAAAAAGAAGAAGCUAUGGCGUCGCAAAGACCAACCGAAAUUAGGCUAUCCUUACCAGGAGUCAUGAUUUCGAUUCACUUUGCCUGCUACUUCUCUAGCCUCAUGGAUCCACUGCUGUCUUAGCACACAUCAGUAUGUCUGAACAGCUAUAGAAAGGAAAUUAAUCAUGGGUUGGAACAAGAACAACAGAUGUAAUUACAGUAGGCACAUUGUGUGGAUCCUGGCGUAUCUGUACUUGAUCCUAGACCGGUAACCGUCCCUCUAUGAGGGAAAAUCUAGCGAGGUUUUGCCACGCAAAAUUUGAUCUUUAAUCAUUCCUCCUAGAGGGCUUGGCCAAGCUAACUUGAUCCCCACUCCGAUAAACUCUCCUUACCAUGAAAUUCUUAUACUCGGCA